UGGAAAUCUCUUACAAAACCACUGGACCGCGACAGCGUGGAAAAGGGCAAAAUGUGCUUUCCCGCCAUUUUACCUCCGACGUAAAACGUGCUGCAGGUGUUUUAGAGGCAGGAAUUAUCCGAUUCCCAGAAAAAUUGAAGCACAUGUAACGCAUCCACAUUACAUCAAUGUGAAAAGAUUGCCUGAAGAAAUAAACUCUAUAAAAUGUCUUCUGCCAAUGAUGAUGCUGAGGAUAAUGGGUCAUCCACGCAGGGGCUUGCAUCAACCAGGUCUAGAAGAGAACGCAAAGAUAAAACCGGUAGAAAAGCGAUGUUAGAAAAACUGAAAGCUGCAAAAAAUAAAGGAGAACGAUUAAAAUAUGAAGUGUCUGAUAUGCAGAAUGUAUAUGACGAAGUUGAUGAGAGAGAGUAUGAAAAAAAUGUUAGAAAGAGGCAAGACGAUGACUGGAUUGUAGAUGAUGGUACAGGGGAUUAUUUCGAUGACGGGAGAGAACUUUUUGAUGAAGAACAACAAGAAUUUGAGGAAAGAAGAAAAAUGGAUGUUGAAGAAAAUGUCAAGAAGGGAAAAGGAAGAGAUUCUAAAAAAAAGAUAAAGUUGGUAAAAUCAAGCAAUAUUAAAAAUAUGUUUACUUCUAUGGGAGCAAAGAAGAAAACUCACGAGAAAUCGGCGGAUUUGGCUCAAGAUGAAUUGUUAGGAGAUAUUUUGAAUGAGAUAUCAACUGCUAAACCUGAUCCUCUGUCAACACAAUUAAGACCUGUCAAAUUGAAGAAGAAGAAAAUCAUAACACCAUCUGCUUCUGGAUUUUCGAGUCCUUUAGAAAGACAUACAUUGACAAUGGAAACUAUGUCUCCUCCAUCUUCUCUCACAAAUAAAAGAAUAAAACCAAGAAGAAUUAUGGCACCAACACCAAUAUCAAACCAACUUUGUGAAGAACCAGAACCGAAUAAUCCGCAAGAUCAAGUAACUCCACCUGCCAAACGAUCAAGACUUGAUCAUAUGGAUGCAGAUACUCAGGAACAACAGAAGAUUGUUAAAGAGGAAAGGAUAGAAAUUAAGGAAGAAGUUAUGGAUGUGACUGAUAUAGAUUUUGAUGAUGAUUUCGAACAAAGUCAAGAGAAGAAGCCAGCAAUUAGAAUGGAGAAGGAUGCUGGUCCACAACUGUCAUCUUUAGGAUGGGAAACAAUUAAGCAAGAAGCUGCAGAAACUCCGCAACAAUCUGAUAUUGUUCUUGAUUCAUCUCAACUUCCUCUUGUUAGUGAUAAUGAUGGAAACCAGGUCUUCAGAUUUUAUUGGCUGGAUGCUUAUGAAGACAUGUAUCAAAAACCAGGCACUGUGUAUUUAUUCGGGAAGGUUUAUAUUGAAUCUGCCAAAACUCACGUCAGCUGUUGUGUCACUGUUAAAAAUAUUGAGAAACGUGUGUAUUUGUUGCCAAGAGAAAAGGAUCAAAGCACUGGUGAGGAUGUUGGACUACAAGAUGUUUAUAAAGAAUUUGAUUCAACGAUAGCAUCCAGAUAUAAGAUCAUGAUCUAUAAAACCAAGAUUGUUGAAAAGAAAUUUGUUUUCGGAGAAUCUGACAUUCCUGAACAUAGUCAAUAUGUUGAGAUCACAUAUUCUCCUGAAUACCCUACUUUGCCUCAAGAUUUAUCAGGAAACACUUUCAGCCAUGCAUUCGGAACAAAUCAAUCAUCCUUAGAAUCAUUCCUAAUUCGAAGAAAUAUCAAAGGUCCUUCAUGGAUGGAUGUGAAAAUGCCACAAUUGAAUCCUCAUCCAGUAAGUUGGUGUAAAGUUGAAGCUUGUAUUAGUUCACCAUUACACAUCACUCCGAUCAAAGAUAUUCCACCACCACCUCUCGUUGUUCUAACAUUUGCAACAAAAACACUUCCAAAUCUGAAGACACAUCAAAAUGAGAUUAUAGGUAUCGCAGGCCUUGUUCACAAUCAAUUCGGAAUCGAUAAGGCGGCUCCAAAACCACAGUUUCAAACAACAUUUUGUGCAUUAACCAAGCCAACGGAUUGCGUCUUUCCGUAUGAUUUCCGAGAUGCAAUAAAAAGAAAGAAAGCAGAGGUUGAAGUGAUGCCAACUGAAAGAAUGUUUCUGGCAUAUUUUCUCGCUAAACUACAAAAGAUUGAUCCGGACAUUAUAAUUGGUCACAAUGUUCAUGACUUUGAUUUGGAUGUUUUGUUGCAUAGAAUAUCUGCUUGUAAAGUAGCAAACUGGUCUAGAAUCGGAAGAUUGAGAAGGACAAAUAUGCCUAAGAUGUCGGCUGGUGGAAGGUUCCUGGAUAGAGCAGUUACUUGUGGCAGAAUUCUAUGUGAUGUUAAAAUCAUAGCUAAGGAAUUGAUCCGAUGCAAAAAUUAUGAACUUGUCACUUUGGCCGAACAAGUUUUGCACAGAAAAAGACAAGAACUUGAACUGGAACAUGUCAAAAAUAUGUUUGAGUCUUCACAACAGCUUAUGUGGUUGGUAGAACAUACUUGGAUAGAUGCAACACUUGCACUCGGUAUUGCUUGCGAAUUGAACGCUCUCCCUCUUGCGUUGCAAAUAACAACCAUAGCAGGAAAUGUUUUAUCACGAACGUUAAUGGGAGGAAGAUCAGAGAGAAAUGAAUUCUUAUUACUUCAUGCGUUUCAUGACAAAGGAUUUCUUCCCCCUGAUAAAGUUUAUAAGAAAAGGAAUCAUCCAGCUCAGAAAAAUAACUCUCAUGAUGAUACCACAGUCAGCGGUGGUGCAUCAGGGAGGACAAAGAAUAAGAAAGGAACUUCGUAUACAGGAGGUCUCGUUCUCGAACCCAAGAAAGGAUUUUAUGAUAAAUAUAUUUUGCUGCUUGAUUUCAACAGUUUGUAUCCAUCUAUCAUACAAGAAUAUAACAUCUGCUUCACAACUUUGGAUAGACAUCCUCCUCCUAACUCAGGGAUUGACGUAGACACAUACAUUCCUGAUGUUCCUGAAUCUGGUUUGGAGUUCGGAAUUUUACCGACUGAAAUCAAGAAACUUGUUGAUAGAAGGAGACAAGUUAAGCAAUUGAUGAAGAAUCCAUCACUGUCACAAGAUGAAUAUACACAGUAUAACAUUCGUCAGCAAGCUCUCAAAUUGACAGCGAACAGUAUGUAUGGAUGCCUUGGAUUCGGUAAUUCAAGAUUUUAUGCAAAGCCUCUAGCUGCUCUUGUUACGAGACAAGGAAGGGAGAUUCUACUGCACACAAAAGAACUUGCUCAGAAAAUGGGUCUGGAAGUAAUUUAUGGAGACACAGAUUCAAUCAUGAUAAAUACAAAUAGUAAAGAUAUGGAUCAAGUAUUCAAACUUGGAAACCAGGUGAAAGCUGAAGUCAAUAAGUUGUACCGUUUAUUGGAGAUUGAUAUCGAUGGUGUUUUCAAGUCAAUGUUGUUAUUGAAAAAGAAGAAAUAUGCUGCGCUCAGUGUUCAUAAAAAUCCAGACGGAACAUUUUAUACAAAGAAAGAACUGAAAGGUCUCGAUAUUGUGAGAAGAGAUUGGAGUGAACUUGCAAAACUUGCUGGAAAUUAUGCAGUCAGUGAAAUUCUUUCUGAUCAAGCUCGAGAAACAAUUGUUGAAAAUAUUCAUGGACAACUUCAAGAAAUUAGUGAAAAAGUCCGAGGUGAAAAAUAUCCAAUCGAGACAUACAUAAUUAACAAGGAACUGACGAAAGAUCCACAACAUUACCCUGGGAAGAAUAGUCUACCUCAUGUCAUUGUUGCUUUGAGAUUGAAUAAUAACAUGAGUAAACAUUUAAAAUCAGGGGAUGUUGUAUCAUACGUCAUCUGUAAGGAUGGAACCAAUAAUCCUGCAACACAACGAGCAUAUGCAGUUGAAGAGGUUCAAAAGAGUGAUACUUUGAAGAUUGACGAUGAAUACUACCUUGCACAACAAGUUCAUCCCGUAGUGAUGAGACUCUGUGAACCAGUGGAUGGAACUGAUUCUGCUCAUAUUGCGCAAUGUCUUGGAUUAGAUCCAAGCGGUUACAAACAAUCAAUAGCAGCACAGGCAACAGAAGAAGAUGAAGAAGAUAGAUUGUUAUCAGUUCAAGCUACAGAAGAAGAAAGAUUUUCUGAAUGUUCUCCUGUCUUAUUCUCUUGUCCUGAGACCGGAAAGGAAAUAACACUGAAGCAUGGUGUUUUUGCUGAAACAGAUCCAACAUGGAAGCCAUCCUUAACAUUGGAAUGUGGUGAACGCGAUAACAAAUCAAUUUAUAAUUUUCUGCCUCAGUUCCAGAAUCAAAUAGUUCAACAAAUACGAGCAGACAUUGACAGAUAUUACAAGGGUUGGUUAAUAUGUGAUGAUCCUGCUUGUUGUCAUCGCACUCGAACAGUUCCAAUGAUCUGUGACAAACAAGGACCAGUUUGUCCCGCUUGUUAUAAAGGAAUACUUCGACUUGAGUUCACAUACAAACGAUUGUUCCAGCAAUUAUGUUUUUACAAACUGCAAUUUGAUGUUGAUUAUGCUUUACACAAGUAUAAACAGGAUCCGAACAAUUCCAGUGGGGGAAUACGAGUUCAAGAUCAUCGUGCUGCUUAUCGUACUUUGUCGGAAACCGUCGACUCGUAUUUGAAGCAAAGCGCAUACAAUCAAGUCAGUUUACCACAAUUGUUUAGCUGGAUGGUUCAUGUCAAAUAAUAUUAUCUAUUUUUUAUAGCAGAUCUUGUAUGUUAUCGGCUUAUUUGAAGCUUGAUGCUUAUUUUUCUUUGAUUAAAAAUUUCUAUGUGUAGUUUGUGUUCACUGCCAUAUUUUGUGCAUUCAUUGAUAUUUGUAAAUAAAAUCUAUGAGAUUAUCA